GGGUUUCCCGCAUUUUCCCUCCUAAAUUGCCUUGACCCCUCUUUAAUUCGGAUCUUCUCCCCAUCUAUAACCUUGUUAUACUGCCCAUACUCAUCAAUCAAUCCAAGCACGCAGUGCAUAUCAUUCUCGUCAAGACUGUAAUAGUUCAUCAGAUUUCAUCUAUGGCAUCAGUGAAAGAAACAGCAGAAGAAGAAGUGAAGCAAUCUGCACAUGGUAAGGAGGGGCCAAAAGAUGCGGAUUCUGGGGAAGAGGAAGACGAUCGUCCUGCUGAAGAAGGAUCAGACGAUAGUCAAGCUGCAAAGUCUGGAGAAGAAGAGGAAGAUGAUGAUGUAAAGGAAGGAAAGGGAGGGGGAAGUGUGAGCAAGAAGAGAAGCGCCCGCAAGAAAACGGAAGCAUCGUCAUCCCCAGCAACACCCAGUACGAGUACGAGGCCUACCAGGGAUAGGAAGACGGUGGAUCGCUUCUAUGUGUCUUCUCCCCCAAUUUCUGCUGCCCCUAAAUCUCUUUCCAUUGAGAAGGGUCGAGGAAUGCAGCUCAAGGAGAUCCCAAAUGUGGCUUAUAAGUUAUCCAAGAGGAAACCUGAUGAGAACCUACAGAUACUCCACACCAUUCUUUAUGGAAAGAAAGCAAAGGCACGCAACUUGAAGAAAAAUAUAGGUGAAUUUUCUGGCUACACUUGGGCUGAUGAUGAGCAUGAAAAGCAGAAGGGAAAGGUCCGAGAUAGGCUUGACAAGUGUGUGAAAGAAAAGUUGCUAGAUUUUUGUGAUAUUCUCAAUGUUACCUCCAUUAAAUCUUCAUCAAAGAAGGAAGAGCUUACUGUGAGGUUGUUAGAAUUUUUGGAAUCUCCUCAUAGCACUACAGAUCAGUUGCUCGCUGAGAAGGAAAAGAAAAAAAAGAGUCGAAGGAGCAAGGUUAAAAAAACUAAACGAUCUACCAAUGAAACUGCAGAAAAAGCUGCAAAGAAAAAGAAAAGCCCAGUUGGAAAGAAACGGAAGCAAUCAUCAGAAAACAGCGAAGAUGGUGAAAGUAGCUCCCCUAGUGAUGAGUCUGAGCAGGAGGAAGAUGCAAAGAAAAAAAGCGAUAAUGAAGGGACUGUUUCAGAUGACACGGAACAAGAAGAGGACAAAGAAGAAUCCUCCAUGAAUGAUCAUGACGAAAAGAUCACUCCAGAGAAAGGCUCCGGGGAUACGGAUAUCCCUGUCAAAACUUCUAAAACUUCGAAUAAACGCACCAAAGGGAAGUCUUCCACUCCAGCUGCGAAGAAAGGUGCUGCUCCAUCAACUGAUCCUGAGGCCCACAUUUCUAAGAAAAGGAAGGCUGAAAAAGACAGUGAAGGGGAUGACAAAAAUGCAUCUGCAGCUGAAAAGGCUUCUUCUUCUGAAAAGAAGCUGCCAGGCAAGCCUUAAUUGUUUGCUUAUUAAUUAGACCUAGAAUAUUACUCUGAGCAUCGUAGGAUGUAACAUGCACAUCUAGUAUAGACAAUGAACAACUGUUUUCCUCGUUUUAUAGAGAAACCAAAAAAAGGGAAGGUUAAAAAAUCAGAGCCCAACAAAGAAGAGAUAUAUGCUGCUACGGUGAACAUUCUGAAGGGUGCAGAUUUUGAAAAGGCAACCCUAAAUGAUAUCAUCCGGGAACUUGGGUCCCACUUUGAAGUGGAUUUCAAGCCCAGAAAAGCAGAGGUGAAGGCUAUAAUUACCGAAGCAAUAAAUGACAUGAGUGGAGAUGAAGAGGAUGAAGAUCAGGGAGGUGAGGAUUGAGUUAUAGAAAUGCAUCAUCACCCAUGGAAUCAUACAGCUUACUCUGGUGGUGCUGUGAUCUUCAAAGGGAUGCAUGAACAAUGGGCAAGUAGGGCAGUUCCUGAUCCGAAGCUAAUAUAGCUUGUAUAGGUCUCUUUGUAUGGGUUGUUCCUGAAUUUUUAAUCAUGUUUCUUUACUUGUGGCUUGUGUUCGAAGUACAUUUAAUAUAGUAUCUAAAAUGGGGCACUCUGAAGAAGUCAUAUUCGACACUAAACUACCUAUGUCAGCAGAAUUUGGCUGCCAACCUUAACCAAACUGAACUGUACUAGAUAAUAUUUUUGUGAUUUUCUUGUAGAUGGUUGACCUCUCCCCAAGGCUAAGGGUGCAUCUUUUUACUCACGUGACAUUCACUUAGUAGAUGUUAAGGAUUUUUUUUACAUCUAUAAAUGAAUGCAGGAAAAUAGAUUCACCCAGACAUUGUUUUCAUAUAGAAUGUCUACUCUGUAGUGUUACAAUGCA